AUGAAAGCUGCAAUAGCUAGAGUAUUUGAUACAACUCGCCGCAGGUACUGCAUGUGGCACAUCAUGACAAAGGUUUGCGAGAAGGUAGGGCCAACAUUAGCUAAGAGUGAUGGAUUCCUAACAAGCUUAAACAACGUGGUUUGGAAUGAGUUGCAAACAAUUGAAGAAUUUGAAACAGUCUGGCAAACAGUCAUGGAGGACUAUAAUCUAUGUGAGCACAAAUGGUUUAACCACUUGUUCGAGAUACGUGCACAAUGGAUACCAAUAUUAUUCAACGGCAUGUUCAUUGGUGGCUUACUCAGAACAACAUCGAGGUCAGAGUCGGAGAAUAGCGUAUUCAGCAAAUGCACUUCCCCCCAUCUAAGUUUAUCAGAGUUCUUCACAAAGUUCGAGAAAGCAAUAUACAAACAGCGCCACUACCAAUUGCAACUAAACGCAGAAUGUGAGGGCAAAUUCCCAGAGCUGAAAACACCAUUAUUGCUAGAGCGUCAAGCUGCCACAACAUAUACCGUCAAAGUGUUUUAUGAUGUCCAAAAAGAAAUAGUCGACGCGUGCUUCUCAUCCCAAGUUGUUAAGAAAACAAAUGAAGGAUGCACCCUCAAAUUUGAUAUAGAGGACACAAACAAGUCGACAUAUUCAGUGGAGUACAAUUCUACCAACAGAACAGUACAAUGCACAUGCAAGAUGUUCCAUAGGAUUGGGCUACAGUGCAAACAUGUGUUCUUGGCAUUCAAGGCUGCAAAUCUGGAGCGAAUACCGAUCCAGUAUAUCUUACCACGAUGGUCACGUAAUACAUGCUGGCCUCACAUGCAGAUCUACGCAAACACCGACCAGCAUGGUUCGACCGAACACGUGGACGGGGCUACAAGAAUGGGGACCGUAUUUGAUGAGUUCUUCAAGUGUGUUGGGUAUGCAUAUGGUAAUAACGACAAAAUAACUGAGAAAGCACACAGAGAGAAAUAA